AUGGCAGCCUCCUCUAGCUUCCUCUGCAGGGGUCUCCAAGUGUUUGCUGUCCUGCAAUGGGUCUUUUCUUUCUUGGGGCUUGCCCAGGUGUGCCUGGUGGUGGUGCUCCUUGCAUUCCUAGGCCGGGCCUGGAUCCUGGUGGUCCUCUACCUGGUCUGGCUCUAUGGAGAUAGGGACACACCCAGGGCCGGAGGCCGCCGCUCUGCCUGGGUCCGCAACUGGGCGAUCUGGAGACAUUUCUGUGACUACUUCCCCAUCUCGCUGGUUAAAACCACAGAGUUAGAUCCCUCCCGCAACUACCUCUUCGGCUUCCACCCUCAUGGGGUCCUGGUCGUCGGGGCCUUCGGCAACUUCUGCACGGAGGCCACGGGCUUCUCCCGCCUCUUCCCCGGCCUCCGGCCGCACCUGCUCAUGCUGCUCUGUUGGUUCCACCUGCCUCUCUUCCGGGACUACAUCAUGUAUGCUGGUUUAGUCUCCUCGGACAAGGCCAGCGCCGCCCAUCUGUUGUCCCGGCCUGGGGGCGGCCAGGUGGCCGUCCUGGCCGUGGGAGGCCCCCUGGAGGCUCUGGAGGUGAAACCCGGAACGCUGAGCCUGCGGAUCCGGAAUCAGAAGGGCUUCGUCAAGCUGGCGCUGGAACACGGGGCCUCGCUGGUGCCUGUCUUCUCGUUCGGGGAGAACGAGCUCUUCCAGCAGUUCCCGAACCCGCCGGGCUCGUGGGUGCGGAGGGCGCAGGAAACGCUGCAGCCGCUGCUGAGCGUGGCCCUGCCGCUGUUCCACGGCCGCCUGGGCCUGCUGCUGCCCAUCCGCGCGCCCAUCCACACCGUCGUGGGGGCUCCGAUUCCCGUGCAGCGAAGCCCGCUGCCCAGUCGGGCCCAGGUGGACGCGCUGCACGCGCUCUACGUGGAGCGGCUCGAGCAGCUGUUCGAGGAGCACAAGGCGCGCUAUGGUGUCCCUGCGGACAGGCACCUUGUCCUCUCCUAG